GGGGGAAGCGGGCCAGGCCCUGUGAGGAGUCAAGGUUCUCAGGGGAUAGGCCAACCCGGAGGACAGGAUUCCUUGGAGAUCACAGAGGAGCACCAAGGAGAAGAUCUGCCUGUGGGUCCCCACUGCCCAGCUUUUGCCUACACUCCCACCUGCUGCCCUGACCAGAGUCAUCAUGUCUCUUGAGCAGAAGAGUCAGCACUGCAAGCCUGAGGAAGGCGUUGAGGCCCAAGAAGAGGCCCUGGGCCUAGUGGGUGCGCAGGCUCCUGCUACUGAGGAGAAGGAGGCUGCUGCCUCCUCCUCCUCUCCUCUGGUCCCUGGCACCCUGGAGGAAGUGCCUGCUGCUGGGUCAACAGGUCCUCCCCAGAGUCCUCAGGGAGCCUCCGCCUUACCCUCUACCGUCAACUUCACUUGCUGGAGGCAACCCAAUGAGGGUUCCAGCAGCCAAGAAGAGGAGGGGCCAAGCACCUCUCCUGACCCAGAGUCCUUGUUCCGAGAAGCACUCAGUAAGAAGGUGGAUGAGUUGGUUCAUUUUCUGCUCCUCAAGUAUCGAGCCAAGGAGCUGGUCACAAAGGCAGAAAUGCUGGAGAGAGUCAUCAAAAAUUACAAGCACUGCUUUCCUGUGAUCUUCGGCAAAGCCUCUGAGUCCCUGAAGAUGAUCUUUGGCAUUGAUGUGAAGGAAGUGGACCCCACCAGCAACACCUACACCCUUGUCACCUGCCUGGGCCUCUCCUACGAUGGCCUGCUGGGUGGUAAUCAUAUCUUUCCCAAGACAGGCCUCUUGAUAAUCGUCCUGGGCACUAUCGCAAUGGAGGGCGACUCUGCAUCUGAGGAGGAAAUCUGGGAGGAGCUGAGUGUGAUGGAUGUGUAUGAUGGGAGGGAGCACAGUGUCUAUGGGGAGCCCAGGAAACUGCUCACCCAAGAGUGGGUGCAGGAGAACUACCUGGAGUACCGGAAGGUACCCGGCAGUGAUCCUGCACGCUACGAGUUCCUGUGGGGUCCAAGGGCCCUGGCUGAAACCAGCUAUGUGAAGGUCCUGGAGCAUGUGGUCAGGGUCAAUGCAAGAGUUCGCAUUUCCUACCCAUCCCUUCGUGAAGCAGCUUUGAGAGAGGAGGAAGAGGGAGUCUGAGCAUGAGUUGCAGCCAGGGCCUGGGGCGGGGGUGGGGGGGUGGCGGCUGGGCUGGGCCAGUCAUCUGCCCUGUGCAGCAGCUUCCCCUGCCUUGUGUAGCAUGAGGCCCAUUCUUCACUGUUUGAAGAGAGUAGUCAGCAUUCUUAGUAGU